AGGAGGCAGCGGGAGCUGCUGAGCCGGACCGGGGUCGAGAGCCCAAGUCGGGAGCGGAGGAGGCUCCGGGCGGCCGUGAAAGACUCGCGCGAAAUGGGGAACAAGCUCCUACUUGAACUAUGUCUUAAGUUCUAUCAUGGGUUAUGGAAUUGUGCGCUGAUGAGCCAAGAAGUGGAGUGCUCAAGUGACUAAAGAAGAUGGGUGCUAAUGCUUCAAACUAUCCUCAUUCAUGUUCCCCAAGGGUAGGGGGAAAUUCUCAGGCACAACAGACAUUCAUAGGCACAUCAUCCUAUUCCCAUCAAGGUUAUGGCUGUGAAUCUAAACUUUAUAGCCUUGAGCAUGGCCACGAGAAACCUCAAGAUAAAAAAAAGAAAAGUUCUGGCCUUGCUACCCUCAAAAAGAAAUUUAUUAAGCGCCGAAAGUCUAACCGGUCUGCUGAUCACGCCAAGCAGAUGCGCGAGCUCCUCUCCGGCUGGGAUGUCAGGGAUGUCAAUGCGUUAGUGGAAGAGUAUGAAGGAACGUCAGCCUUAAAAGAGCUUUCUCUGCAAGCUAGUUUGGCAAGGCCAGAAGCCAGGACGCUGCAGAAGGACAUGGCUGAACUGUACGAGUUUAAAUACUGCACCGAUGUCGAUCUAAUAUUUCAAGAAACUUGCUUCCCUAUGCAUCGUGCAAUUUUGGCUGCAAGGUGCCCAUUUUUUAAGACCCUCCUUUCUUCCUCACCAGAAUAUGGUGCAGAGAUUAUAAUGGAUAUCAACACAGCUGGCAUCGACCUGCCCAUGUUUUCUGCUUUGUUACACUACCUAUACACGGGUGAAUUUGGGAUGGAAGAUUCGAGGUUUCAGAACGUGGACAUUCUCAUGCAGCUUAGUGAGGAAUUUGGAACACCAAAUUCUCUCGAUGUUGACAUGCGAGGGCUGUUGGAUUACAUGUGCUAUUAUGACGUGGUUCUCAGUUUUUCAUCCGACUCUGAACUUGUUGAAGCUUAUGGCGGAAGUCAGGGCUGCUUAGAUGAGGAGCUCAGAGCACACAAAGCUAUUAUUUCAUCGCGCUCACCUUUCUUCCGGCAUCUGUUACAGAGGAGGAUACGAACCGGAGAAGAAAUCACAGAUCGAACACUAAGGACUCCAACACGGAUUAUAUUAGAUGAGUCUAUCAUACCAAAAAAAUAUGUGAGGGUAAUUUUAAACUGUAUGUAUACAGAUUUGGUGGACCUCUCUAUUUUGCACAGCAGUCCAUCAGUAGGGAGUCUAAGUGAGGUCCAGGCUCUUGUAGCAGGAAAAACAAGCAUGACAAAGGCUGAAGAAGCUAUGGAACUGUAUCACAUAGCACUUUUCCUGGACUUCAGUAUGCUUGCACAAGGCUGCGAGGAUAUUAUUGCUGAGAGCAUCUCACUGGAAACCUUAACUGCCGUUCUCAAGUGGAGCUCCCAGCCUUAUGGCUCCAAGUGGGUACACCGCCAAGCCCUGCAUUUCCUCUGUGAGGAGUUUUCCCAAGUCAUGACUUCAGAUGUCUUUUAUGAACUUUGCAAAGACCACUUGCAAACUGCUAUCCAGUCAGACUACUUACAGGCAAGUGAGCAAGAUAUCUUGAAAUACCUUGUGAAAUGGGGUGAACAUCAAUUAAUAAAAAGAAUUGCAGAUCGAGAACCCAAUUUACUGAGUGGCACAGCUCAUAGUGUGAACAAGCGUGGUGUAAAGAGACGAGAUCUUGAUAUCGAGGAAUUAAAAGAAAUCCUUUCCCCUCUCUUACCGUUCGUCCGCAUUGAGCACAUCCUGCCUAUGAACAGUGAAGUACUGACAGAUUCGAUGAAAAGAGGUCUCAUUAGUACACCUCCUUCAGACAUGCUGCCAACAGCAGAAGGUGGAAAGUCAAAUGUGUGGCUGCGACAAAAAAAUGCUGGAAUUUAUGUGAGGCCGAGGCUGUUCUCACCGUAUGUGGAGGAGGCUAAGUCACUUCUGGAUGAGAUGAUGGUGGAGCAGACGGACCUUGUCCGUUUACGGAUGGUUAGAAUGUCCAAUGUGCCAGAUACCCUCUACAUGGUAAACAAUGCUGUUCCACAGUGCUGUCAUAUGAUAAAUCACCAGCAAAUGUCCAGUAAUCAGUCCAGUCCUCCUUCAGUUGUAGCCAAUGAAAUUCCAGUUCCUCGUCUCUCUGUUGUUAAAGAAAUGGUCAGACGGCUGCAGGAGCUCCGCCAUACUGAGCAAGUUCAGCGAGCUUAUGCUCUGAACUGUGGAGAAGGCGCCACAGUCAGUUAUGAGAUUCAGAUCCGUGUAUUGAGGGAGUUUGGACUUUCUGAUUCUGCUGCUGAGUUGCUGCAGAAUCCUCACAAGUUCUUCCCCGACGAGCACUUUGGAGACGAAAGCCCACUUCUGACCCUCAGACAGUCAGGCCGAUGUCGUGUGAACAGCACGCCCACUGCAGAAACAGUGUUUACAGACCUGGAUUCUUUUGUGGCCUUCCAUCCUCCACUCCCUCCUCCCCCUCCUCCUUACCAUCCACCAGCGACUCCAGUUCACAGUCAGUUCAAAGUUGGAUGGAAGCAAAGAACCCAGAGCCAGCACCCCUCCCGUUCUUUUUCUUACCCUUGUAACCAUUCGCUCUUCCAUGCCAGAACAGCCCCCAAACCUGUCCUACCCAAUUAUUUCUCCAGCGUGAAAGGCACACCUCCAGACUGCACUAACACCGCAGGACUGGGAAGACAGACAGUUGCAGCUGCAGCAGCUGUGGUGGCUGCUGAAAAGCAAGUGGGUAUUCAACCUGUUCUCAAUGAACUGAUGCCGGAUAUUGCAAUGGGUGUGUCAACUAUAUCUCUGAAGGACAGGAGGCUGCCAGAGCUUACAGUGGACACAGAGCCUGUCCUGGAAGUUACACCAGGACCACCUCAGCACAUUUCAUGCAUUCAGACAAGGCACAUACAUAGUUCACGGAAGAAACAUUCAGCUGAGCAAAAACUGGAUCCUAGAGAGUGUCAGCAGGAAUAUCCCGAUUUCUAUGAUUUCUCGAAUGCUGCAUGCAGGCCUUCUACUCCUUCCCUUACCAGGCACACCCCUUCACCUUCCCAAGGUAUCUAUUUUAGCCCCGAUUUAUAUAGCCACAAUAAAGCAUCACCCAGCGGCUUAAAAACCACUCAGUUACCUAAUCACAUCUCUCCUAAAAAGCUAGAAGAUUCCAGGAGAGACUAUGCACUUUCCCAAGAAGGGCAUUCGCACAGACAAAAGAAUGAAACGAUACACCUCAAUGUCUUAGAACAACCUCCCCAGAGGUUGGACUUGGCUUUGGCUGCCCAGGAGAACCCUGGGAAUCUAUCCAUUCAUGCAAGGGGACGUACAAAAAUGGAAACGGAUUUAACAUACGGCCUAACCUCUAGUCGACCUUCCUUGCCUUCCUACAGGGAAGAAAUCCGCGAUGAACCAUCUAGCAGGAGAUUGGUGGACACUGAGCCUCUGGAGAGCGAAGUCCAGAGAAAUGUAGAUUUGGAAAGAGAAGAGGUUGUAAGUAGAGGAAGAAAGUCUCCCGACUUCCUAUACAAAAAAUCUGCCCUCUGAAAACCAUCCACCUCCACUUCUCUGUGCCUAAGACUUGUGAAAGAUCAGUCUUUGAAAUCCCUGGCCUGACAUUUUCUCAGGCCAGUUUUUUCCAAUGCCAGCCGCUAUAUCAUUUUUUUUAAUUAUUAUUUUUGUAUAUACAUGGCUUCAUUAAGAAACAGCAUGCUCCUAGUUUAUUUGGUAUGCUGCUUCAGGGUUUAUGUUUUCAACAGAUUUUUGCUAAAAUUCUGAAAAAAAUAUAUUUUAACUGGCACCUUUAAAAAAGGAAAAAUAAAAGGUAGCCUUUUUGCACCUGUACAUUAAUUUUAUUAAUUUUUAUAUUGGUAUGUUAAACUUCUACUGUCAUAUUUUAUAGGACUGUAUGUUCAUACUAUUUUGAGUGUCUUUUUUUUUAAGAAAUCAUUUCCCGGUAUUCAGUGUGCAUUACCUGCAUACUUGCAUAUUUAAGAUGUAUUUUCUUACAAGAUGGUGAAAAUAUCUGUCUUUAUUUUUUAAUGACAAUAGGAAUUCCAAAGAACAGCACACUUACAAAACUGCUCUGGUUAGGUUCGCAACCUUUCUGCUUUACCACUAAUACAAGAAUCCAGUCUGACGUGUAUGCUCUGUUUACCACGUCACAGGCUGCUGAUGUAGCAAGUGCUCAGCAAUGUCUGUGGCCAGGAUUUUCUUUGAAAGUGAGGAGUACAAGUCUGUUAUGAUUUCUGAAAAUAUUUUUUUCCUUUUGGAGCGUGAAAACUUGGAAGAAACAACUUUCUAAGCCCUUUGGUUGCAGUGUGACGAAUGCUUCACAUGUGUGACAGUUCUGUAGCCGUGCUUUUCUGGUUCUUCAUUUUAGACAAACACAUAGAUGGUAAGCACAAGGUGGUGAGAAAAAUUGUUUAGCAUUUGACAUGGGUGUUAAUGCUACAUUUGGUAGAGCAGCCCUCUGAGGAGAAGUCAAGAGGAAUGCUUACUGCCUUUUCUCUCUCUCUGAAGACAUCAAGGGCUGCGGUUUUAGUAAUGUUAUAUAUAUAUACUUUGUUUUUGUGGUCAGAAAGCAUAUUUGAAGAUGGCUACAACUUAAUGAGCUAUAAACAGUUUAGCACUUAAUUUCUUCAUUCCUCUCUUGAAUAGUUUGGAGUUGGUUGAAGUUGGUUAAUAUUGGAAGGGAGGUUCUUUUGGGUUUCAUGAACAUAAAGUAGAGAUGCUGGGCGGAUAGAUUAUUGCCACUAAGAAUGGCCAUUUCAGUAGUCAGUUGUUUCAGGUACUUGCCACGUAUUUCUCUUGCAUGGACUGGAAAAAAAAAAUCAGUACCACUGUGUGGUAAUACCUAGCAAAGGCUUGACUUGAUAUGGUGGUUAAUUCUAUAAAAUACAGCUCUUCCAUCACUUGAACCUUAGCAACAUUGAACCUUUUUUUAACAUUGUUAGCUAACCUUAAAUCUAUUUUUAAAUACUGUACUUGAGACUGUUGAAAUGUACAUUUUGUUUAAGUGUUUUUAAUUAUUUUCUGAGCUCUUUUUUAAAGUCCCCACUAAUCUUUUAGUUCCCAGUCCUGACCCUUUAAGGGGAAACACUGUUAAAAAGAAAUGAGAAUGAAUACCUUGUCCGGAUAGUUUACACUACAUUAAUUUCAAGCGUUGUGUUACAUCUUUGUGAACUGAAAAAAAAAAAUAUUCUGUGAAGUUGAUUUGGUAAUAAGACAACACUCUGAGGAUAAAAUAAUCACUUGUCAUUUGUCGAGCAUCUUGUUAAUGAUCCAGAAUUUAAACAUGUUUUCUGUCAAACUUGUUUCAAGAACGAUGCUUUGCUUCAAUUUGCGCACUGAUAAACAUAGUAUCCCAUUAUUUUAUCAUCUCCAGUAGUAGCACUCUCUCUCCCUCUCACCCUCUCCCUCCCUCUUUUGCAUACGUGCGCGCGUACAUUCACACACACCAAAACUUAUGAUUUCUGAAAAUAUUUCCUUUUUCAAACAUGAAACUCAAUCUUUCUAUGUAUAUUUGCUUUGUCUUGUAGAGAUCACGGAUAGGGUUCUUCUGAUAGUUUCCUGGAUUUGCGUACUGUACACUCCCAAAACAAUAUUCUUAAUUAAUAUUCUAUUUCAAGUAGGGUUUUUUCCCAACUCUACUCAAAGCCAAUUUACUAGAAAAAUGUGAUAGGAUGUAUGGAUGAGAAACCCAAGGCACAAAUGUUCAGUCUCAAUAGUAGCUAUUGAAUUGAUUCAGAUAAUUCAUUUUACUUUUUUUUUUUUUUUUACUGUGGAAUAGCUUAUGAGAAGCAUAAAAACAUACACUCCAUAAGUGAAGUAAGCUAUCAUUUGACAGAAGUUUUAGAUGAAGGUAAUUCUGUAGCAGACCUAAGGGCUGUUGUACCUCUUUAACAACCUAAGCCUAAACAUUCCCAUUUGAGCAGAAGACCUAAAGAGUUUAGAGAGGCUGCAGAAUUCUGGCUUAUUGCCUUUUCCUCUGGGCCAUAUAUAAAUGGAACAUUAAUCCCCAUCAACAUUUGGGCUUUGUUAAUUACUAGUGUAUUUUAAUUACAUCUCAGUGAAAUUAUCUGUGGACCUUAAGGUAACUCUUCUACUGACUUUGCAUAAGGAAUUUCAUCCUACCUAUCUGUCCCUUUUUAAAAGUCAUCUUGAUUUUAUCCUGUGUUUGCAAAAGGCGUUUCUUAAAAAUAUCUGUGAUCCAGUCAAUCAGGAAUGCAAGGUGUUUUUUUUUAAACCAAUUUUGCCUAACAAUGAAUUAAUAAAAGAAUUUGUCAUAAUUGAAAUUGCUUUUACAUUCUGGUUAAGAGAUAAUUUACUAUGAGAUGUGUUUAAAGCUUUUAUCUUCAAAAUGCAGUAUGCACAAUCAAUCUCAGCUCUUCAACAUUAUUUUAAUAAGUGAUUAUAUACCAUUUUUCAAAGUUUUAAGUGAUUAAAAAAAUCUUAAUCAAAUAUUGGAAUAAAUCCACUGUCAUUUGUAUUUGAGAUGGGUGGCAAAUAAAUUUAAUAAAUUUGUUAAGUGGCAGAGAUCGUUACUGAACGAACAUAAAAUAGCUUCAGAUUAUUGUUAAAUCUUGUUGUAACAGUACCAAAACUGAUUUGACUGCAUCCUACAAAGGAAAAAGGAGUUUUAAACUGUAGUUGGGAUCCAUUUCCAUGCAUGUACAAUAUUUUGAAAAUUUUUAAAUCUUUCAUAGGCACAAGGAACUGAUGGUGCUUCGCUAGUGUGAUCAGCUGCAUUUUUCAGAAGACAAAGGGCUGCUACUAUAGAGGGAAGUGCCACAAAAGGCAUUUUGACAUUCACCCAAUGCGUUUACAAAUAUUUUUGUUUGCAAUACUAACAAAGCUACUUCUUGUAGUCCUUGCAAGCUUAAAGCAAAAUUGCCCGGCUAACCAUUUAGUGUAUCUUGUAUUUGAACUUGUCUUCAGUCUUUUUCUGCCUAUUAAGGAAUGGAAAAGGGCUAAUAUCUUCUCCUUCAAUACCUUUGUUUUUACCUUGAAAUAUUAUAAACCAUUUCCAUCUGUUCUGUUUUAUUUUGAAAAGGUCCGAAGAUACCACUCUUACUCUAGUUACUUCCAAUGACUGCGUGUUUGUUUAUAUGGUGGAUGGAUAUUUGUGGAAUGUUGGGAAAACUGAAGGCUUAAAAACCAAUCUGUUUCUAUACUUGUAUGUAUUUCUGAAAGAUGUUAAGUGUCCAUGAUAAAAUUCUUGUGCUGUUACUGGUAUAAAGUGCCUUCAAUGCUAAAGGCUCAGAAAUUUUCUUAAACCAACUUCAUGUCCUAUGCAAGUGUUUUUUCUACAACCUGCAUAACCAGUACUUUGUAAAAUUUGUUUACGCUUCAAUUGUACAUAUUAUUUUUAAGAAAAAUAGAAUUUUUAUUUAGGUACCGCCUAGAAUUGAAUUCUAGUCUUGUGUGAUGCAUUGUAAAAGAAUACAUUUCUCUUUUGAGUACCAUUAUAAUUGUAAAAAGGUUUUCACUGGUUCUAUUUUUCUACUGUUGCUGAGAAGCAUGUUAACACCGACUUUAUCCUACAUAUAGUUGGUAUUUCAAAUAAAUGGCUUGUCUAAAAAAAUACAAGUGUAACAUAAUUUUCAUUACAAAUGUUCUGCUUUUAUGAAACUAAGUUUUUGAAACUUUUUGAGUUUUUAAUUUGAAUGGGCCAACUACACUGAGAUAAUAUUCACGACCUGCAUGCUUUAAAAGUACAAAUAAAACUCUGAAUUACAGUAGGCAAUAUCUUUAUUUGAAACAAUUCAAGUGCUAUAUAAUGAACAUUAAAGGUAGAAGCAAGGAAAAGAAAAAGCAGACUGUGACAAAGAUCCCAGCAUGUCUUCUCAAAUCAUUGGGAAGGUUACGGAGGUAGGUGUAUCACAGAAUAUAGGUAAGGUGACAAUCUAACUUUUUCAGUAUAUUCAUAAAACUCUUGCCGCAAAUUUAGAUUUUGUUUUAGUGCAAAUUCAUACAUUACUGAGGCUUUUGUCCCUGAUCAACUAUAGCUGAUCUCAAUGGCUUAGCAGAAUUUCUGGAAUGUGAUGGUUUGGAACAAAGCAUUUUCCUUUCUAUGAAUUAUCCUACUAUUAUGUCACCACUGAUUAUACUUCACCUCAAGAAAGGAUGACAUAACAAAUUAGCAUAUCCAGGAUUUAGAGUCUCAUACUUUGUGUGAAAUUUUUUGCAUGUGCUGAUAUAGGUUAUCUGUUCUUUAGAAAGGUAAUUACCUAAUUAAAUUGAUCAAUUACAGAUUUAUUGAACAUCAAUUGGUUAUAAUCUAAUUGAUCAAUUAAUUGAAUUAUAUUAGUUUGCUUGGAUCUAACAGUUGAUUUAUGUGGACUUUCAGAUUCCUUACUGGUUAGAAUAGAAAAGACAAUCAUUUGGCACUUUAACAUCCUAAACCAGUUAUACUUCAAGUUUAUUGGGGUAAUUUCUGUUUGGUAUUGCUCUCCAGCAGGGAUAGAUUUUCAUUUCCUUCUGUCCUAUUAUAUUUGUCAG